UCUCCAGACGGUUGACGCCCGGACUUGUACGUAAGGAAGGAAGGAGCAGCCUCUCUCCAAGAUGGCGGCGACCAUAGACAACAGCAAUGCCGUACAGGCGACAAAGAAAAAGCACCUCGGGAUCCCUGAAGCCGUGUUUGUGGAGGAUGUCGACUCUUUUAUGAAGCAGCCAGGCAACGAGACGGCAGAUUCAGCAUUGAGGAAACUGGACGAACAGUACCAGAAAUAUAAAUACAUGGAGCUCAACCUGUCUCAAAAGAAACUCAGGUUGAAAAGCCAGAUUCCACAAAUCACACAGACGCUAGAAAUCCUAAGGCACAUGCAGAAGAAAAAGGAGACCACAGACCCCAUGGAAACACACUUCCUAUUGGCUGACAAUGUUUACUGCAAGGCCUUAGUGCCGCCCACCAAUAAAGUCUGCCUAUGGUUAGGGGCUAACGUCAUGUUAGAGUACGACAUCGAUGAAGCCCAGGCUCUCCUAGAGAAGAACCUUUCAACAGCAUCUCGUAACCUAGAGACACUCGAGGACGAUCUGGAUUUCCUGCGAGACCAGUUCACCACCACCGAAGUCAACAUGGCACGAGUCUACAACUGGGACGUGAAGAGAAGGAGCAAAGAAAACCUCCUCAAAUCAGCAGACAAGUCUUAAUAUCGACAUGGCAGCGUCCACUCCCCCCUUCUGCUAACCUUCUUCUCCUUAGUCAUAUUAAAAAACCGACCCUGAAGUCAUGUGUGUGUGUUCACCCCAGAGCUCGGCAGAUAAGAAGGCAUGUUUGAAAUGUCUCUAGAAGUUUCAGUGUGCUGAAUGAAUGUGUGCACGCUUAGUUAUUCUGUUUUGUUUUGAACAUGCCUUCUGUCGGGUCGAGCUCAAACGUCCACCACUACUGUUUUCUGUUGAUUUGUUACUUUUUAAAGUAUUUUUUCAAGUAAAAACUAACAAAAAAAACAAAGGCAACGAGGCAACUUUUGUAUUCUUUUUAAUGAUUUAAGUAUGUUCCUGUUAUCUUUGGGAGAUUGUGAGUGAGGGCUCUCUCGCAUCGUCUUUUGUUCCCGGCAUUUUCCCUCCUUACAGACCGCUCAGUUCCUCAACCCGCAUCACCGUUAACACAUGAGACUUUUACUUGAGUUGUUAGUUCUUGAAAAGCACCCAGUUGCCGUUACGCUCAGUAGAAUUGGGUUUGUAGGAUGACAAAGAUAACAACAGAUGAAGUUGUUUACAGAAUAAAACGAGUUCUGCCUUGUGGCUCCAGUUUUCACUCACUACAGGACUUUAAGGGGUUCAGAAGGAUCGACUGGUCCUGCUCCAAACCGGCGCCUCCUCCUCCGUUCUCCUGACUUUACACACUCGAACCUCUUCUUCCUCUCCUCUCCGGUUUUCCUUCUCCCCCUCCUCUUCCCCUUUAGCCGCUGUUCUGUCUGUAUUUAUUUGUCUCUCACUGUAUUCAUUAAACAAUGAAUGAAGUAAAAGAAGAACAUUUGGGCAAAGAGACGAGACCUUGACCUGUUGCUCUGUGUGUUCAUUCUUCUUCAGGUUAGAAAAGGUUUUGCAACAUGAAAAUAAUUAUGAAGCGUUUCAUUCAUUGAUAUCUAACUGGAAAAUAAGGACAGGAUUUGAUGAUAAUUUUAAAAAUAAAUCCGUAAAUAAAUAGACUAAAUUACUAAAAGUAUGUAUUUAUUGACUUUAUUGAUGUUGUUUCUACAAAUCCCAGUAAUUUGACCUAUUUUAUGCUGUAUUAAUUUAUAAGUUAAUAAAUGAUUUCUUAUAGCAAAUUUCAAUGUCAAUUGAUGAAAUGCUUAGUAAUUCAGUCUAUUUUGAUUUUAACUGUCCAAUUACAUAUAAAGGAAUUAAAGACUUGACAAAUGAAUUGGAUAACCAUAAAUAAAUAAACCAAUGUAAUGCUUUAUAAUUAUUUCCAUUACACUUGUUGUCUCCUAUAAGCUUAUAAUUUUCAACCUGUUGCUGAAAUGAUUGUUUUCCCCUCAGUUCAUCCCUCCUGUCCUUUCUCCUACAGCUAUAUCUAUAACUUUUCCCUGACUUCCUGCCGAAUGUGGCUUCCUUGUGAUUUUCCUUUCAUUCAUCCUUUCCUCUUCCAGCUUCAAACUUUGCAAAAAGAAGCCUAAAAAAGUUGCUAGUGAGAGGAAACCCUGUAAGCCAUUCAGACUCAAUGCAUUCGUGCAGUUUUCUGAACAGGAAGCUGCUUUUUUGAUUUGUUUUAAGGACGGGUUGCUAUUUCUCAAAGCUGUACUGUUUACCCGCCUCAGUGCUCCUACCCAGUGGUCAUUUGUGGGACUACAGUACAUUUAACACUGUCCCCUCCCCCCCAAAGACAAAAUUGCGACAACGAUAUUGCGAUUUCCCAGUAAGUUAUCAAAUUGCUAUAACAUUUGGCAUGAACCCGGCACUUUUGGUCAAUAGUGGAGUGCAACUAAGUCUACCAACUCCAGGUUAGUUGUACUUUUGCUUACACUUGAGUAUAGGACUGUAUAUAGUAAAACACUGACAGGGAACAUUUUUCUGCAUAAGUACUUUUAAUUCUGACACUUUACACACUUACCUACUGUAAGGUCUUGAAUGCAGGACUUUCACAGUAUUUUGGAGUAUUUUCACAGUGUGGUAUUUAGUACUACUGCGACUUACUUAAUUUAAGGUUCUUAAUACUUCUUCCACCACUUCACUUUUGGGACACCUGUGUCUGGGCCUCCAGGUGAGACGGCUGCUUUUCCCGGUUAAGGCAGAUGUGCGGGGUUUGUGGAGGAAGAGGAAACGGUCUCUCAUUUAGAGGAAAUUCAAGAUGUUUUGAAAACCACUUACAAGGUUGAUGCUGAAGAUGUCAACAGUAGAGAGAUACAUCCAUCGUCCCGAGCAACAAGAUGAAUACGCCUCCUCAGCUCAUGUCAGUGACAGAACUCCAAACAAUAUCACGCAGAUUCUUGGGCACAUUUGGUUCUGCUGAUGUUUGCGGCCUUCAUGUGAUGUCAGAACAUUUUAUAUUAAAUGUUCAUACUGUAUUACUUGAAUUGGCAACUAUGGUAUUGGGAGUUCGACCUAUGUCUAUUUUCCCUCUUAAGCGUUUAUUUCUCAAGCAUUGCUGUUUUAACACAAAUAAAAAGAAAUUCAAAAAUCUGA